GGGGGCUCCGGAAGCGGCGGGCGCUGGGCGGCGGCGGCGGAGCGGGACGGGAGGCUGUGGACAGCAGCAGAUAUGGAAAGGCUGGUUGAACGGUUGGAGAAGGCUGUGGAGCGCCUGGAGACCGUGUGCCAAGGGCCUGGCAUGUGUGCAGAAGGUUCUUCCAAAGGAAUGGCUCAGUACGUGCAGGCCUUCGAUGCCCUCCUGGCUGGCCCAGUGGCUGAGUACCUCAAGAUCAGCAAAGAAGUUGGCAAGGAGGUGCAGAAGCACGCUGAGAUGGUUCACGUGGGCUUGAUGAGUGAGAGGGCUCUUCUGGUGAUAGCAUCUCAACAUCAGCAGCCACCAGAGGGUGUGUUCUCAUCGCUGCUGAAACCCAUCUCAGAGCAAAUCCAGGUGGUGCAGAACUUCAGGGAGCAGAACCGUGGUAGCAAAAUGUUCAAUCACUUAUCAGCAGUCAGCGAGAGCAUCCCAGCCCUGGGCUGGGUGGCCAUGGCUCCAAAGCCUGGUCCUUACGUGAAGGAAAUGACGGAUGCUGCCAUGUUUUACACCAACCGGAUCCUCAAGGAGUACAAGGAUGUAGAUAAAAAGCAAGUGGACUGGGUGAAGGCUUACCUGAGCAUCUGGACGGAGCUGCAGGCCUAUAUCAAGGAGUAUCACACCACGGGGCUGACCUGGAGCAAGACAGGUCCUGUAGCAACAGAAGGGGCUAAAUCACCGUCGGGUCCCCCCGCCGGGGCUGCCCCGCCCCCGCCAGGCCCUCCUCCCCCCCCAGCUCCUGCCCCCACCAGCUCCAGCUCGGAUGACUCUGCCUCCCGCUCCGCCCUCUUCGCCCAGAUCAACCGGGGAGAAGGGAUCACCUCUGGCUUACGACAUGUUUCAGAUGACAUGAAGACCCACAAGAAUCCAGCACUGAAGAACCAAGGGGGUCCUGUGAGAAGUGGACCCAAACCUUUCACUGCUCCCAAACCAGCCUGUAAUGCUAAUCCCUCCCAAAAAACCUCUCCAAAGGCACCUGCAUUGCUAGAAUUAGAGGGCAAGAAGUGGAGAGUGGAAAACCAGGAGAAUGCCACUGACCUGGUGAUCAGUGACACAGAGUUGAAGCAGGUAGCAUAUGUCUUCAAGUGCACAAAUAGUACACUCCAAAUCAAGGGCAAGAUCAACUCCAUCACCCUCGAUAACUGUAAGAAGCUGGGGCUGGUGUUUGAUGACGUGGUGGGCAUCGUAGAGAUCAUCAACAGCAGGGAUGUUAAAGUUCAGGUAUUGGGUAAAGUGCCAACGAUUUCCAUCAACAAGACAGAUGGUUGCCAUGUGUAUCUGAGCAAGAACUCUCUAGACUGUGAGAUUGUCAGUGCCAAGUCCUCAGAGAUGAAUGUCCUUAUUCCCACAGAGGGAGGUGACUUUACUGAAUUCCCUGUCCCAGAACAGUUCAAGACAGUGUGGAAUGGUCAGAAGUUGGUUACCACUGUGACAGAAAUCGCUGGCUAAGCAGAAAAGCUCCAAGGCUCAUGCCCUCCCCUGGCCCUGCUGUGGGACAAAUCUGCUUUCAGAUGAUUCUGUAGAUUUCUUGUACCUUUCUGCUCUCAAACUGCUUCUCUUCUACCCGAGAGACACAGCUACCUGCCCCCACUGAAACACCUCUGCCUGGGGUUUGGUGUAGGUGGCAGGUCAGUUAUUGUCCACAUCUCUCAGCAGGAAGGUGUAUUUUAUUUUUUUCCUCCCCUUGUCUGAUCUAACUGCACCAAUUAAGGCAGAUUUUCAGUGAACUUCACAGCCAGUACUGGCAGUUGGCUUUUCAGAGUGUUGUUUGGGUUUCUUUUGUAUUGCCUUGAAGCAAGUUGUUCAUGUGAGAGAGGAAUGUUUGUCCCCUUUUCCAUAACCAACGGUUUCUGUCGGGGCCCAGAGUGCCCAGUUGCUCUGGCAGGUGGCUCCAGGUGGUCCUGGAAGCUGCUAAUUCCAGCUCUGUGGUGGCAUUACAGGAGAUGGGAAUGGCUUUUGUUGGACCAAAGGCUGGGCAUCUGGGCUGCAGCAUUCCACCCCUGGUUCCUUUUGAGUCUCAUCAUUCCUACCAGCUCAGUAUCUUCCAGAUUGUGCCAUGACAGGAGGCUUUGGGUCAGCCAGUGCCACAGGAGGCUCAGCAGAGGGCAGGCUGGUAGCUUGGAGCUGAGCACCUCUUAUUCCAUGAGCCCUCUGCUCUGGCAAGGGAAUCGUGGGCCCAGGGCUUCCUUCUUGGAGCAGCUGAACUCAGGUUCAGUCUUCCAGGACAGUUCUUCUGAACGUGUCCCCUCCUGCAGAGGGUCUCCUGCAUUCCAGGGUCAGUACCCAGGUGGGAUCAAGUCGGUUCAUUGCUCUCUUCCUCCUCUGCUAUCAAUCCCCACAAAGCAAAUCCUCUCACCCUCCCCUUUCCCCUGUUGCUUGGCUUUUUAUUUUGGUGGAAUCUGGUGGCCUCUGUUCCAGGGCCCUGGAGCAGGGGCCUGGAUCUCAGGCUCAGUACUGUACUGGCCCAAAAAGGGAGCUGCACGUGCUUUGACCUUCAUUUUCAAAAGGCCUCGGGUGGCAAAAGCAAAUCCUAAAAGCAUUUCCUCUUGUCAAGUGUCAAUGUUCUUUUUUCUCUAGGACAAAACUUACAAAAAACUAUAAAAAAAAAUAUGCAAUUUUUUUUUUUUAAAUUUUGAGACUGUCCUGUGACUUGUACUCGUUUUCUCCUGAGGCUUGUGAAAAAAAAAACCUUUCUUAUGUACUUAAGAGUAUACAGAAGAUUAGAAUAAAGUUAAUGCCAACUUGCUCAUUACAA